AUGCUUCCUGCAACUAUUAUUGGUUUGAUCAUUUUAGGAAUUGAGUUCAUUACAGGGAUUAUAGCAAACGGAUUGAUAAUCAUUGUAAAUUGUACUGAGUGGAUCAGAAGCAGAAAACUGACCUGUUGUGACAUGAUCUUGACUAGCCUGGGCAUCUCCAGAUUUUUCAUACAGUGGACAAUGUUCGUUCACAAUAUCUUUGCAUUAUCUCCAGUGAUGAAUGGAGAGUGUGCCAUACAGAGAAACCUCUAUAUUUUUAGCAUGUAUCUAAAUACUCUCAGCCUCUGGUUUGCUACGUGGCUCAGUGUCUUCUACUGCGUGAAGAUUGCCAACUUCAGCCAACCUCUCUUCCUCUGGCUGAAGCAGAGAAUAUCAGGUCUAGUGCCACAGCUACUCAUGAGCUCCUUGCUGGUCUCCUUGGUCACCUGUCUCUUUUCAGUCAAUGUCAUAGGUAGAAAGUACAUAGGCAAUUCAACGAAUAAUCUGUCAGGAAACACCAGAGUGGAAUGUAGCCAUAAUGUGAAUUCAUCUUCUGGUCUUGUUAUUUUGUACAUGCUUGGAUAUUCCUUUCCUUUUUUUAUAUUUGUUGUUUCUGCAGUACUGUUAAUCAUUUCUCUGUGGAGACACACCAAGAGGAUGGAGAAAAACACAAGCAUCUCCAGGGACACCAUUACUGAGGCUCAUGUCAGUGUAAUUAAAGGUCUGAUUGCUUUCAUUUUCUUCUACAUUUCAUAUUUUGUGGCAACAGUGCUAUUUUUAUUACAAAUAUUUGCCCACACAAGUCUCUAUUUCACAUGGUUCUGUGUAGUGGUAGUGGCUGCUUAUCCUUCUGGGCACUCUGUUAUCCUGAUCCUGGGUAACCCCAAAUUGAAGAGGGUAGCAGUGAGGGCUCUGAACUAUGCAAAAUGCUGGCUGAGAGAUGAGGCUUCAUAA